UUGGAGACAUUAUUUUUAAAGGUGUUUUUGAAGCACACUUUUUGUUCCAAAGCUGUAAUUAGCUGAUAAAAUCUGCUGUGGAGGUGAGACAACUCAUUCUUUAACAGGAAAUCAUUACUUACAUUGGCUGCUACUUUAAAAUAGCGCACUUGAGGAGUGAAAGAAGAGAGAGUCAAGAUGGCAUCUGGAACUAGCCGUGGACAAUCCGGGAUCUAGUCUCUUCUGGGUUUUAUUCAUUUGGCACCACGGAGCGCGAGUAACUGGUCGUGCAAGGCGUUAAUAACUUAAGUUGCUCCUGGUCCUGUUGGGACUUCGCUGGUGUGGAAUAGCAACAAAGGACGGGAGCGCGCAUUCAUGGGACGCGACUUUGACAGCUCCACAUAUCUUGUCUUGUAACUUUAUUACCUGGCAGCGGGGGCGAGAUUGUGACCGGAGCAGAAGAUCAUGGCUGAGGCUCCGCUCCCCGACCCACUCCCGGACUUGGACGUGGUCAUCGAUCCGGAUUUCGAGCCCCAGCAGCGGCCCAGAUCUUGCACCUGGCCGUUGCCACGACCAGACUCUAACGCGGUGAAACCGGAGAGCCAUGACACAGAUAUUAUACCCGAGGAAGAGGAUGAUGAGGAGGAUAAUGCCACCCCGACAGCCAUCAGUGUCAAUGGCCCUGGCCUGGCGACAGAGGACCAGAGCAGCAACAGCCCCGUAGCCGACGGAGCGCUCUCCUCUCCCGGCCAGGAGAGCGGAGGCUCCCCGCUCUCCACGCACUCCCCGACGUCCACCUCUGGCGCUCUGACCCCGAGCAGCUUGGCCCAGCAGACCCCAAGGAAAGCAUCAUCUCGCCGGAACGCCUGGGGUAAUCUCUCCUACGCCGACCUUAUAACCAAAGCCAUUGAGAGCGCGCCGGACAAGAGACUGACACUGUCCCAAAUUUAUGACUGGAUGGUGAGAUCCAUCCCCUACUUCAAAGACAAAGGCGACAGCAACAGCUCUGCGGGAUGGAAGAACUCCAUCCGGCACAACCUUUCACUCCACAGCCGCUUCAUCCGCGUCCAGAAUGAGGGAACAGGGAAGAGUUCCUGGUGGAUGAUCAAUCCAGAGGGGGGGAAGGGUGGAAAGGCUCCUCGCCGCCGUGCAGUCUCCAUGGACAACAGCAACAAGUACACAAAGUCCGCCCGUGGCCGUGCAGCCAAGAAGAAGGCCGCCUUGCAGGCCGCAGCUGCUGCGGCUGGCGAGGGUGGCGGGGACAGUCCUUCGGGUCUUUCCAAAUGGCCUGGAAGCCCAACAUCACGCAGCAGCGAGGAGCUGGACACCUGGACAGACUUCCGCUCCCGCACUAAUUCCAACGCCAGCACAGUGAGUGGUCGUCUCUCUCCCAUUCUGGCCAACCCUGAGCUAGACGAGGUGCCUGAUGACGAGCCCCCUCUCUCACCUAUGCUCUACUCCAGCCCUGGCAGAGCACUGUCUCCCGGCAAUGCCACGACCAACGGGAAGUCUGUGCCGACUGAACUGCCCCGUCUGGCAGACCUGGCAGGUACAAUGAACCUGAAUGACGGACUCACAGAUGAGCUGAUGGAUGAGUUGCUGGAUAACAUCAACCUGUUGCCAACCGUUACAGGACAGGCUACAAAUGGUUCCUCAGGGUUUAAUUUUGGGUCCAAACCCAAUGGGAUAGGCUCACCUUCGAGCUCCUCUCCCUCCUCCAACUCCUCUUCUAACAGUGGAGUUAAUGGCUACAGUAACUCCAUCUUUGGACCCCACACGACGGGCUCCUCUCUGCGUCCGUCCCCCAUGCAAACCAUCCAGGAGAACAAGCAGACCUCCUUCUCCAGCAGCCUGUCUCGCUUUGGCAGUCAGACACUACAAGACCUGCUCAACUCAGACAGCCACAGCCACAGUGAUGUCAUGAUGACGCAAUCUGACCCACUGAUGUCACAGGCCAGUGCUGCUGCUGUUAUUUCCCAGAACUCUCGCCGUGGCCUCAUACUUCGUAAUGAUCCCGUGAUGACAUUUGGGACCACUGGAGGACUUCAGGACAGCCAAGCAGAGAUGCUGCAAAGUAACAACCACAACCAGAGCUCCCUGAGGUUAAAUGGAGGCCUGAACUUAGCCAAUGAGGCUAACACUCUGGUUAAUGCCAAGCAGCAGCUCUUGCUCUCACCCUCCGGAGGAAAUGGUUCCUCUUCCAUGCAGAUCGACACCUCGAUCUUCCUGAAUGGAACUGUUAGCAGCAGUGGAGGGAUCUGCCAAGACCGUUUCCCCACAGAUCUGGACCUGGACAUGUUCAACAGCACCCUGGAGUGUGACAUGGACUCCAUCAUCAGGAACGAGCUGAUGGACGCAGAUGGCCUGGACUUUAACUUUGACUCUCUGGCCAACAUGAACGGAGUUGGCAACUUCACGAACACCAAGCAGACCUCUCAGAGCUGGGUACCCGGCUGAGAGGGUCAGGCCACAGCAGAGUAGAGCAGGUCUGAAAUGUUUAGUGCAAGAGAAGACCAGACACACAACAUCCUUUCUGCCAAACCUGCCAUCAGCACAACAUAAAAUACAAACCCUGUGUUUACAGACGAAGACUUCCUCUCAAGAGCUUUACCUUCGCUCCCACACUGGUGAAUCACGUACCAUCCGACAGACUCUAGAGAUGCUGCACAUCGGUCCUCAAAGCCUCCUGUGAAUCGACAACGUGAAAAGAAAACUAUGUUAAACUCACAAAUCUUAGAAUUAUGCAAUUUUCCUUUGUCACCCAGUCUGUUGAUAUCAAAGAGACACUGCUUAUCAGAAGGGGUUUCAGGUGGAAUACAAGGACUAAAUAUCAAGCAAAGACUGAAGGAGUGCACAGUGCAGUUGUUCCCGUUGAAGACAAAAGAAACAGAAGUGUAAAGUGAAAAAAUCAAAAAGUGAAGUGGUGUAAAUCUGAUCCAGUGGUUUCCUGGUAUGUGUUAUGUUGAAAAAUAUUUUUCCCUCUGUUCUUGCUUAGUGAUUUUAAAUGUUCAGUGUUUGUUUUUUGACUUUCUGUUAUAUCAUGAUUGUUUCUGCAUCAUACCUGUCUGUAUAAAAAGACUUUAUUGUAUUGACGAAAUGAAAAGGUGGAAAUAGGAGUGUCUUACUCGCUGAGUGGUCACGCAUACAGUACAUGCAAACACACAAACAGACAAAUUAUCUCUUUGCCCCAUUAUGCAAAACUUCAAGACCCUUAUGGCUUGACUCCACCAGCUGCAUCGCGGUUCUGAUGGAGUCAAAUAUGUCCAUUGUCAACAAUGCUUGUGAUUCCAUCAGACAUGCCACAGUAUGUGUCAGAAGCAUCUCUCUGCUCUGCUUCACUUAAAAUACACAGCAAAUCUAUUUUUGACAGAAGCUGCUCAGAGCAGAUCUAGCUGGGCAGACACAAGACGCAACAUUGUAGAGAAUCUGGCCAUUUUUCAAAAUAAAAAGCCCCGUGGAGUCUACUGAUCAUAUAUGAUAUCAGAACAGACAAAAAAAAAAACGUAAUCCUGUAACUAUGUAGCAUGCACGGUGACUUACCCAUUGCAGAAGCACAAAAAUUAAGGAAAAAAAAAUGACCAAAUCAACAAAACCUGAGCAACUCCAAAAAAUGACACAUGCAAAACACUCUGUGGGGUAUGAUAGAUUUCUCAUCUGCCAGUUUUGUUCUUAUAAAUUGCUUGAAUUACAUAAAAUGCCGCAUAAUGAGGGUUUUAUUACAAUUAGAUUAAUAUUACAAAAAAUAUUUGUUAUCUUUUUUGUAUAUGUAUCUGUAAAAAUCUGAAAAAAAAAGACUAGAGGAAGAAAUAUUCUGUCAUGGAUAUUUGUACAGUGCAGGGCGGUAAAAGUAGCAAGAGAGAAGAUCUCAUAAUAUGUCUUUUCAAGGAUUUCCAAACGUCUGGUGAGUUCUGUUGAGGUUCUUUAUCACUGCAUAUGAUGUAGCCAAAAUGAAUACCUGUGUCCUAGGGUUGUGAACAUUUCCACACCAUAACAGGUGCUAUGUAAACAGUGUUGAAUUCUGCCCUGAGAGCCGUGCAUUUUGUGCAUUCAUUUUGACCUGCAGAAGCCCAAAGCUGCAGCCACUUGUAGCACGGCGAGGGUUUUAGGCUCAUUCCUCUAGAAGCCAUUUGUUUCUCGAGUAAAACAAUAAGCUAUCUCUGUAUAUUGCCAAAUUACUUGAAACGAACAGUAGGAUAUGCUGGCAGCCAAAUCACAGCAUGCGCACGCACACACACACACACGCACACACACGCACACACACGCACAUAAAGACACAUACAUACAGACACAUGCAUACACUUACAUUUCACAAAUAGAAAGAAAAAAAUAAUACCAGGGAUCUGUGUUAAGCUCUGCUGUUUUCUUGUCAUGAGCUUGUGGGGCUUUUUAUGCAUAUAUAGAAUCACUCAGGGGGGAAAAGGGAGGCUUCCCGUUUAAGUAACAUCAAGUCACAUUCUAAUGGUAUUUUAACGUUUCUUGAUAAUAAAAACAGUAAUGCUUUGUGUUUGUGAACUUGUAACCUGUGAACAUUUGGCCCUCAAGUUGAAGAGCAGGAAGGAAGAUAAGCAUCAGGAUUAAGACUUCACGCGGUCUGUUAUUUUUGGUCUUGCUUUUUUUGUUUGUUUGUUUGUUUGUUUUUUCCCUCUUGUUGGACUCAUUAGAUGCAUACACACAUGCCCUCAUGGACAUGCUUGGUGCUCCUGCAGGUGAUUUCCUGUAUCUCCUGAGUACAUGUUAAUGUGUGUGUGUGUGUAUCUGUGGAAUUUAUUUCCAUUGAAUUAAUCUCACAAGGAUGUGUAAACCCCUCACUACCCCUCAAGGUGCAUACAGCACAGCCAACUGUAUGCAUGUAUGUAUUUAUGCAUCAUGAAUUGUGUGAAAUGCAUAUAUACUCGCUGUAUGUCCUUAUAUACUCAUGUAGUACUUGACCCUUGGAUUUCGUGAUACCUCUGAAGGUAAAGUUGAAGAAAUAAUGAACAACGUUGCACGCUGGGAAGGAGGGAAUACUGUUACCAGCGAUUUUUAUUGUUGAACCAGAUUUUUUUUUAAAUGGUGGAAAGCACCAUUGUUGUAGCAUCUGGUGACCCUGGUAUCCCUUCUCUGUGUAUGGAUGUGUAUGCCCGGCUGUGUAUAAUAGUGUACAGAUGUGUGUAUAUCACUUUGAGGCCAGGGCGGAGGAGAGUGUGUGCAUGGUUGGCUAGAAUGAUCUACUGUGCUAUCUGAGGUUUCGUGCAUGACUUAGCUGUACCCACCUCAACCCUUCCAAUGGUGCCGUCCUGCGACAGAAAUUGUAAUACAGAGAAGAAACCUUGUGUGUUAAGCACGCAAACACACAAUUUCUAUUUUUGAAAUCAGGGCUCACCGUACAACACUUGUAUCAUCCUCCCAUAUUAAUGGGUUUAUUAUUACAAGUGCGUGUACUUGGACACAGACACAGGGAAAGCCUCCUUAAUGGAUGUUCCUCCGCUUCACACUCGUUUUAUUCCACGUGGAGUACAGUAGGUUUGCGUCCCGGUGCUCUCAGUCAAAGCAUCAUCUGACAACGAGCUGGAAUUUCCUACACCAUCUAAAAUUUCCGAAGCAUUAUCACAUGUCUUUUGGUAGGGGGGGAUGGGGGUCCUGAGCUAUCACCUAAAUUGCUAAGCAUUUGAAUUUAUCUACACUGACUCUACUGAACAGUAGGAGCACUUCACUCCUCCUGUGGAGAAGACUGACAAGGUGAAGCUUGUAGUCCUCGCUAUUCAAAGAGGAGAUACUGAUUCUCGAUAAACCGCAAAUCUCAGUCACAGGAAGGUGUUCCUUAAAUUUUGUACAUUCAGUGUAAAAUGUUUUUGGCUAUUCAGGGAAAUGGCUUAGAAGUAGUCAUAGCGGAACAGGCCUUCCACACAACCACUCAGCGCUACUGCUUCAUUCAGGCACAGAUUAUCUGUUCUUGUGUUUGACACACACACACACACCUGCAGCACAACAUGUGAACAUUUAAAGCUAAGAGAAGCAAAAAAAAAAGUAGGAGAGACAUACCACUAGAUACCUUAAUCACCUCUUGGACAUUUCCUUUUCAUUAUCUUCUCUCGAACCUUUUCCAUCCUUGUUUAGAGGCCCAGGCCAGUUCUCCUACAUACGCCCUCUGAGCUUUGCCCUUUGAACUUUGCCCUUUAUUAAUCUUGCUUCUUCUCGACUUGAUGUUAGUGGGUAUUUUUCCUGUGUAUUCCAUUUUGAAUUGUAAUCUAGUUUGUAUAAGAAAUGGUGCGCAUGUAAAUAAAGCUUGAUGAGGCUCCACACCC